UUUAAAGUCAAUGCAACUGAAGUAAAUGGACUGAGAUAUGUCUGCUUAUUUCUAGUUAAUUUCUACACGGUUUCAUGGUUUAAUGCACCUUCUGCGAUAAAGUCAUCCUAUCAAGAUUUGAAUCUGAUCAAAAAUCUUUAUGAAUUCCGUUCUGUCCAUAAAAAAAUGUCUGAAGCAGCAACGGUGACAUUUUCAAGACACUUAUGGUACUUGUCAGAAGAGUUGGUCGGGUUAGCUUUGUUUGAUGACAGAGUUUCCUUACAUGCUAAGAGACAAACCGUAACUGCAAUAAAAACGCGAGAAAGUAAUGCUUCGAAUUCAAAAAAAUUUAUCGUCAAAGACUAUCAAUUACCGUAUCAAUUUAUGGACAAGGAUCCAGAGCUCUGGGCAUUUGAUCAAGAUUAUCUACAUUGCAAAUCUGUGUUUUCAGACUUAAAAGUUGUCAACGAUCUCGCUGAAAGAGGUGUUGCAUUAAUCCAGGACUACAACAACUGCUUAACGAGAAAUGAAGAACAAAAACAAUAUUUAUUGCAAGUUGUCGAAGAACACAGAAAAAUUUCCUUACAGCAUCAAACGAACUACAAAAUUGCUAUUUAA